AAAAUUUUUAAGCUAAAUGUGUUUGCUAUAUUUGGGAUCAUAAUUUUUGUAUUACUUUCUAUAUUUGGCUUAUCUUACCUAUCAUAACUUAAUUUAAUUGAAUAACUAUUUUCGAUAUUUUGUCAAAAGUAAUAGCGAUAGAGGAAGAUUCUCAUUUUUGUGCAAAAUGACUGAGUCCUGUACUUCAACAUUUCAAGACAGUCAGGAGGCAGCUACUAACUCUGUCUCGGACUCGUUAGUUCUCUCUGCAAUGGAUUCCAGCGAUUAUAUGAGUAACGAACCAUCCUGGCGGAAAAGCAUUGCUGACUCCUAUGUAUUGAAAGAUAGUGAAUUUCCUAAUCCUGGAAGCGAUGAAGUAGCUAUUCAUUUUGACAAACGCCUGCUUGAAACUUGUGAGAAAUUUAAAAAAGAAACUCGUAGCAGGGCUUUGGAAUGUUUAAAGCAAUUACCGCCAGCAAAUAACGAAGAAACCAUAGAUCGCAUUAGCAAGGACAUGGGGUUAAGCCCGAAACAAGUGCGUGAGGCUUUAAUGCCGAAGGAAGGUUUUGAAGUUAAUGCUGGUGGUAGUUUGAAAAAACCUAGUAAGAAAAAGAAUAGCAAAGCAGUUGUAGAUGCCUGUAGGUGCUCAAAGCAUAAAAAAAAGCGCGGCAAAGCACGUAAAGCUAAGCGGGCAGCAUCUCGUCGACGUCGCCGUCGCCGUCGUUAGAAUUUCCAUUACCCAAAUAUCAGCAGUUUACAGUGGCGUUUAGCUGUCUCUGACGGCAUGAAAUAACGACAGGCUGGGAAUAAAUCUUAACGCUACUGAUAAACUAUAAACGUUGUUGCAGUCAUUGGAAGUAGAAACUAUUGAAAAUGAAUAAACUCGAAGCACCCUUUUCCAAUGCAGUGAUAUCUCAGCCAUUUAUCCUAUUACCAACUUUUAUUGAAAUAUGCGAUAUGUGGUAUGGCAACCAUAUUAAACAGCUGUGACAUAUAUUUACGGAUGCUAUAGAAAAUAUAUCCUGCUAUUUGCAAUAUUUGCCACUGAUGUCUAAUGCAAAUACUAUCUACUUAUACAACUUGCAGAAUAUAGGAACCGUAACUGCCAACACCGACAUAAUGACUGACUGACUCUACUUAUUACUGACUCAAAAUUUUUAUUAAUUGAUGGGAUUCAAAUUGAAGUUGUAGACUAAAUUGUUUGCCUAAUUUGUCAAGGUAAAUUUUUAGUUACUACUACCUAAAUUUAUGUAAAUAUAAGAUAUAUGUGUAACUAUUUACAUAUAUGCUUCCAUAAAUAAAUGUCUUAUUUAUGUUGCAAUUUAAGUAAUUCGACUAAUAGUUGUAAAUAAAUAAAACAAAGUACA